UGAAACGGUAUAUAAUCAGGCUACUAAUCAGCGAAUAAUGAUCUCCUACGACGAAUUAACAGAUUUGGGAUGGCUGGGCGGAUGAUUGUGAAAUGAUCGGUGGCCAUCGAAUAAUAUGUCCCACCAUCAGAGCAAGAAGAAUUGUUUAUCAGAAAGCUACAACAAUGCUGUGUGACAUUCGAUUUCAUGGACGCGACAGCUGAUCUUAAAGGUAAAGAAAUUAAACGUAGUACACUUAAUGAACUGGUCGAAUACAUCACAGCUGGCCGGGGAGUCCUCACAGAGCCUGUCUACCCGGAGAUCAUUAAUAUGAUUUCUGCAAAUCUGUUUCGCACAUUACCACCUAGUGAAAAUCCGGAUUUCGAUCCAGAAGAGGACGACCCAACACUGGAGGCGAGUUGGCCACACCUUCAGCUAGUUUACGAAUUCUUUCUACGUUUUCUUGAAUCGUCAGAUUUCCAACCUACGGUUGGAAAAAGAGCUAUCGAGCAAAAAUUUGUUCUACAGUUAUUGGAGCUGUUCGAUUCUGAGGACCCUAGGGAAAGGGAUCUGCUGAAAACAGUUUUGCACCGUAUUUAUGGAAAGUUCCUUGGCCUUAGAGCCUUCAUACGCAAACAAAUCAACAAUAUCUUUUUGAGGUUUGUGUAUGAAACGGAACAUUUUAACGGUGUUGGGGAACUUCUUGAAAUUCUGGGUAGCAUUAUAAAUGGAUUUGCUCUUCCCUUAAAAGUCGAGCACAAGCAAUUUCUGGUUAAGGUGCUGCUGCCACUACAUAAAGUGAAGUGCUUAUCAUUAUAUCAUGCACAAUUAGCUUAUUGUGUGGUACAGUUUCUUGAAAAGGACGCUACCCUAACAGAACCAGUUAUACGAGGCCUCCUUAAGUUCUGGCCUAAAACGUGUAGCCAGAAGGAGGUAAUGUUCCUUGGAGAAAUUGAAGAAAUUUUGGAUGUCAUAGAACCUAGCCAAUUUAUUAAAAUACAGGAACCUUUGUUCAGGCAAAUUGCACGUUGCGUGUCUUCACCGCACUUUCAGGUUGCUGAGAGAGCAUUAUACUUUUGGAAUAAUGAAUACAUAAUGUCUCUAAUUGAGGAAAACAAUCAUGUUAUAAUGGGAAUUAUGUUCCCGGCAUUGUAUAGAAUUAGCAAGGAACACUGGAAUUCUACAAUUGUAGCCCUUGUUUAUAAUGUUCUUAAAACAUUUAUGGAAAUGAAUAGUAGGCUCUUCGAUGAACUUACUGCCAGCUAUAAGUCUGAAAGGCAAAAAGAAAGGAAGAGAGAAAAGGAGAGGGACGAAAUGUGGAAGAAACUGAACGAAUUGGAGGUAGUACAACGUAAUGCUCUUACAGCGACCUCCAGUUCCUCCAACCCUCCAGUUCCUGCCACUACCGCACCUGCGACACAAGCCCGCCCCUGAGCUGGUGGAAGUACACUACCACGCUGCCCGAUCAUUAGUCCUUAGUUUACGUCGAUUGUCCAUAUACUACAUGCAAAAAAUUACUGUUGUUAGCAAAAGCAAAGUGUCCCACAAAUGGCAUUCUUGACGUAAUCGUAAUUCCUUUUUAAUUAGUUUAACCGCCCGAAAAACGGGGGCGCGAGCGGAGAAGAAAGAAAGAAAAAAAAAGUCUGCGGAGGAAGCAGUGAUAUUCACGAUAUUGUUCAUUGAUAAUGAUGAUGAUGAUAAUGAUAAUGAUAAUGAUAAUGAUGAUAAUGAUGAUGAUGAUGAUACGAUGAUACGAUGAUGAUUGAUGAGUUCUAAUAUUUUUAUUGUGUACAUUAAUUUUCCACGUUUCUUUUUUUUCCUUUUUUCUUUGACAGCAAUGAUUUCAGUUGUAUAAUGUACUCAGUGUCAGCACAUAAUACUAGGAUGUUAGUCCCUUCUUAACCCUAUAAGGUUCAGCUGUGCUCGGUAGGAGGAGAUGAUCAAGGUGUAAAUUCGAGUAUAGAUGAUGUAUAUCGUUAUAAUGUUAAUUUUUUGCAUGUGACAUUCGCGCUUCGGUUAUUAAACGGCUGAGUGUCCUAUCA